CCUCCUGGGAAGAAGGCAAUCACUUCCAAGAUGAUCUACAUGCACAAGUAUGGACCUGAAGGGGAGCUGACCCGCUACAAGUCUAGGCUUGUGGCACGGGGGUUUCAGCAGACAAAGGGGAAGGACUAUGAUGAGGUGUUUGCUCCUGUGGGGAAAGGAACAACACUGAGGGUGCUGUUGGCCAUAGCUGCACUCCUGGGAUGGAAGAUACGGCAGAUGGACAUUGUGACUGCCUUUCUGAAUGAGAUCAUUCUGGAGGAGGUGUACAUGAAGCAGCCAGAGGGGCUGGAUGAUGGGAGCGGCAGGGUCUGCAGGCUGAAGAAGGCCAUCUAUGGCCUUAAGCAGGCGCCUCGUGCAUGGUAUCACAAGUUGGAGGAGGCGCUGUUGGCUGGGGGUUUCAAGAAGACUGAGUGUGACCCUAGCCUGUUCCUGCUGCAGGAGAAGGAUGAAAUCCUCAUGCUCUUGGUGUACGCGGAUGAUAUCCUUCUGUUUUCUGCAUCAACUACUUUGCUGGACAGCGCAGAGCAGAUGCUGGAGAUGCAGUUCAAGUGUUCCAAGAUGGGUGAGCUGGAAGCGGCCAACAGGUUGGUCCGCUAUGUGAGCGCUACGGCAUCAGUGGGAUUGGAGUACAGUGGAGUGAGGCAGCGGUUGCAGAGAGGUGCUGCAGAUGUGAAGAGUGGAGAGAUGCUCUUGAGUUGCUAUACUGACGCUAGCUUCAACUCAGUGAAAGCGGAUGGCACCAGCAUUGGGGGUUAUGUGUGCUUGCUAGGAGGUGGUGCUGUGAGCUGGCGGAGCAAGAAGCAGAAUGAGGUGGGAUUGUCCUCAUGUGAGACUGAGUACAUGGCCUUACACCAUGGGGCCAAGGAAGUGGUGUGGCUGAGGCGCUUGUUGGAGGAGUUGGGAGUUGGUCAGGAGGAGCCGACAGUUGUGUUCUGUGACAAUGAGUCUGCUGUGAAGCUCGCCAAGAAUGCUUGUCUGCAUGGGCUGACAAAACACAUAAGGCCUAAGUGGCACUGGGUGAGGAGACUCCUUGAUAAGGAGGUGCGGCUGGAGAUAGUGAAGACCCAUCAGCAGGCAGCAGAUAUUUUCACCAAGCGUCUGGCGGAGGCGGAUCAUUGGAAGGGCAUGAAGCUUGCUGGGAUGAGUGUGCAUUGAGUAUGCAUGCUUGAGAUGUUGGUAUGAUAGAUGAUGGUUGGCAGCCAGAGGGGGAGAUUGUUUUGUGAUGUCAUCAUAUGCUAUCACAUUCUGUCUGCCUCCCAUCCCAUAUUUUUUCAACUUGCAUGUGUGGUUUGAACGUGUGCAAGAAUUUGUGUGUGAUGUGUUCUGGAGUUUGGGAAUGUGUUUUGUGUUAUUUUGUUUGAGCAGGUAUUUGUGAUGAUAGAUCUUGAGAAGAUCUUUCUGACGCAACGAGAAUCCCUUCAAUCGGAGCAAGAACGCGAAAGCUAUGAAGAUUCAAAGUUCAUGAGCUUGCGUUACAAUUGCGGCGGUUACAAAGUGAAGUUGUGGGGUGACUGUAUAUGGAGUUGGGACCUUUGGGGGUUGGGGAAAUUUGUCACUCACUGUAACAGCUGCAAAUUGGUUGGGAACAACCAAGCUAGGUUGGCAAGGGUGGCCAACUUGGAUGGAUUGGUUGGGAAGGGACAAAUGUCAAAGUUGGGGUUCCUAUAGGGAGGGAAUCUUUGUGCUUAUGGGGUUUCCUUGGUUGGGGACUCUCUUGGGACCUUCCCUCUCAUCCUUCUCUUCUAUCCCAACCUUUCUCUUGCUCCUCUAAUUCCUUGUGAGAUUCUUG